UUUUUGACAAGUGCCGCUGUCAAAUUUGUUGACAAUGCACAUGUUUACACUUUUCAUUUAUUUAUAUAAAUUAAUCUCUGUUAUGUAUAAUCUAUAUUGCUAUUGAAAUCUUGGAAUAUCAACUUAAAGUUAACUUUGAGGUUGUGUUCUCUUCAAAUUAUAAUUUUGAACAAUAUCGUCACUCAAAAUUGAUUUAUAAAUUUGCAUUUUCAAAAAGUAGUUUCAAUGUACUUAUAAUUUUUGUUUAGAAAUAGCUUCAAACCAUUCAAUUAAAAAAUAUUAUUCAACUAUCCUGGUAAACUCUACUGCUUCAAGGAUGGACACUGGUUUCAAUGAUUUGAAGUAUUUUCCAGAAGAAGAAUUAGAGAACAUAAUAGCUGAAGUACGUAAGAAGAGACAGCAGAAAUGGGAAAACCAUCUUGCAUCAAAAUCAUUAGCUCUAGGUUCGUCCAAUAUUGAUCAAAUGAUGGAAAUUUUUCAAAGUGAGAGGAAGAAUAAUUCGGAAGUAGUAGCUGAAGUCAGUUCCAAUAUUCACGAUAUUGAAAGAACUGAUUAUUGCCAAUGCAGAGACAACGGCUGUGAAUGUAUUAAGGAUAAAAUUGUUAAAGAUUGUGAUAUUGAUGAAAAACGUUCACCUAUCAAAGAAAAGAAGACUGCUACUUCAUCAAAAAACAAAAUUAAAAGGAUACAUGAAGACACAGAUAAUGAAGAGGCUAAAAUAUAUCUCAAUUGUGAUGAAACUAAACUGUGUGAGGCUCAUGAGCCUACUCACAGUGAUAUUUAUCCUAUUGAAGAGGAAUGUGAUGUGAUUUCAACAAGCGAACAAGAAAUUUAUGAGGAACUAAACACAAACCAGGAGAUUUUCACGACUGAAAAUGAUUCAAAUUUCUCCAGGAUUGAUUCUCUCAUUAUAAAUAGGUUGGAAGUAGACGAUGCAGUUGAAUUUGGGAAGGUCAUUGGGAAACAAGAUGUGACAUUUGAAGAGAGACUGGAGUUAAUCAACCCCACCAACUAUCAGAAUUGUUCAAAAGUAGAAUCGCUCUCCGAAAUUAAUUCAGAGGCCCAAUUCAGGGUGGAAAUUCCUGUUAUUGACAAGGAUCACCCAAAACCUGCAUCAAAACAAUACAAUAAAGCUCUACUCCUACCAGAAGAAAUUCUAUUCAGAUUGAGAAAUAUUUUGAAACGAUUGGUAACAAGCUUAGAGCAAUUCAAGAAACACAUCACAAAACAGAAAAAUGACGAAGAAGACGAAGACAAUGAAAGGAAAAUGAAAAGAGCAAAUGAGUUUGUUUCUUGGUUCUCUCGAAAUUACCUCUACCAGUUGAAAAGACAGUUGGAUUUAUUGAAGAAUGAGAGAAACAGUAAAUUCGACGAUCUCUACAAGAAAUUUUACCUGUCAUUUCAAACAACAGUUCAAGCCAUACAGGCUUGUCUGAAAUCAAGUGCUCACUCAUCAAUAGCUCCCUGCAAAAAGAUUGAUGAAUUUCUGAAGGAAACUAUGGCUCUGUAUGAUUAUUGUAUCGAAGAAUUGAAGCCAUCUCCAGAACUCGAGAAAAUGAAAUCGCUUACUAAUGAAGCUUGCAAAUUGUUGGAAGAACAUGUACAAGCAUUAGAAAAAGCUGAAGCAGCUGUUCGCGCCAAAGCUCAGCAUAAGAAGCGGACUGUUAAACAACCAAAAAGCAAUGUUCCCAAGAAACUUUCGAUGUACUGCAGCUCAAGUUUACCGAAAGAAUGUUGGGAAAAGAAAUCUUCGAAGCUGGCGAGGAAGAAAUUUGGACCUCCAAAACCGAAGAACGCACCAGCAAAAAGUAGCAAAGUAUCUCCGAAACCUAGUGAAAGGUCUUUGGGAGAUAAGCAAGAAAAAUUACCGCUGAGAGGUAAUGGAAAGAUGGGAUUCGGCUCUGAAUCUGAAAAAUUAAAAAGUAAUCAAAUCGAUGAAUUUGAAAAAUUGAAAAUGAACCAAAUUGAAGAUGCUCUGGCCAUGGUGAAACAUGAUUCAGUGCUUGAUAGCAAAUCAUUGCAAACUGUAAUUGAGAAUGAAAUAAAUGAUGAAGAAGAUUUGGCAAUACCUCUCCUUUUACCAUGUGAUAGUGGAAAGCGCUUCGAAUUAUUUCUACUUGCUAAUACAAUGACGGAACUGGAAAAACUACGUGGUAAAAUGGAUAAGGAAGAAGGUGCAAAUAAUGGCUCAAAUGAGGAGACUGUCAAGGAAACCUUGCAAAAAAUAGCAAAGCAAAUAAACGAAAUCUACAAGAGCUCUUCAGAUUUCAAUGAAAAUCUAUUGGACAAAAAUGCUCCUGAAGAUAAAGGUGAUGUCGCCAAUUCUAAACUCAUAUGUAUGAAGCAUGAUGAGAACUACCAGAAGAAACAAAGAAAAAUCGAAUACAACAAAGAUGGAAUCAUAUCAGAGGACGGUAAAAGCUUAUGUAUUCCGUUUUGUAUUGAUGACGAAACAAUAGAAUCUUGCAAACGUUAUAGAUGCGAAUUUGAGGAAUAUAAAAACUCGCUUUGUUGUGACCCUGAUGGCUUUUUGAAUCUGGUUGAAAGAUCUGCCGACUCUGUUAUUUUGAAACUGAUUGAUUCCAUUGCUGAAGAAAUGGAGGAAGGAAUGAGUUUACUAACAAACAAAUUAUAUGAACUAGAACUCAAAGAAGUUUGUAGUUGAUAGCAGAUCAAAUAAAAACUCAUUCCUUAUUGAGACUUGUGUUGAAUUUUUAUGAAAAUAAUUAUAGAAAACCUAACUAUAAAAGGCUAUUUGGAUGAGUAUAUUAUUUGUAAGUUUGUUAUCAUCAUAAGAAUGUAUUUUAAAGCAUGAAGCAUGUCUUCAGCAUAAGCAUUUUCUUACUCGUAGAGACCUAUACCUCAAAAUUUUCAACGAAAACCAUCACAUAUGUAUAUAUGCUAUUAUAAAGUAGAUUCCACCCAAUUAUUCAUCUAACAAAUCUUUUAAUUCGAAUAUUUGAGAUAGAUAAAAAUAUAAAAGUUCAAAAAAAGUUUGCAGCAAUAAUGUAGUUAUUUCAUAGACACACCUCGUAUCUAUCAUUCCACCAACUAUAUUCAUACUUGAAAUGUUGAUUUUAAUAAAGUUAUUGAUACAAGAAAACCUAGUCUGUUUUACUUGAAAUCCAUAAACCAAUUAUAGUAGCUCUACUUGGCAGGGUGUGAUGUAAAUCAAAAUAUCAUUUUCAAAAAUAAAAAAAUUAAAACACUUUAUUAAAAAAUAUAAAAAUGUAUCAAUCUUUAUAAAAAUUUAAACUCCAAAUCUCUAAACAAGAUUAGCUACUGAGCUCUGAUAUUAUGUCACAUUUUACCCCAUCUGAAUAAUAUUAAACUAAUUAUUAAACUUCAUAUCAAUUGAAAAAUAGUUCCUGGAAACAUUUUCCAACACCAAACUGUAAACCACCUCCACUAUUUACAAAAUUGAGUAAACUUGUGUUAAAAAA